AUGAUAUAAUUACUCAAAAACAUAGAUCAAUUUGGAGUGGCAUUCCAACCUAGUAUAAAAUAUUCAACUUCUCAAUAUAAAACUUGUUGGGGAGGAGUCAUGUCUAUUUUACUUUAUGGAUUAAGCUUUGCAUAUUUACUUUACAUAAUAGUUUAAUGGAGAACAGGUUAAAUCUUACCAAAAAUCACUACAUCCUCAAAGGUUGAAAACAAUUAGUAAUAUAUACUAAAUGAAACAUUUGCAGAAGUUGAACUUAGGAAAUUCGGUUAUUCUAAGAUUGAUCCAUUUAAUCCAGAGGCUCUUAUUCUCUAACCUCUUUUAUACAUUUUUAAGAAUGGUAUUCCCUUAGAAAAACCCCUAGCUCCAUUCUAUUAAAUAUUUACUAAAGAAGAUACAUUUCAUCUCAUUAAAUUCUCUAAUCUAUCUUUAUCCAUUAGUGAAACUAGAGAUGAAACUAAUCCAGAAUAUGAAGUUAUGCUCACCUUUGGAACUUGUCUUAAAGCUUAUUUAUAGCAAGGAUAGAAUUGUGCAAAUGAAACCGUUAUUUAACAAUUUCAAAUAUAAUCAACUAACACUCUUAUCGUCAAACAUUAUGCAUAAGAAUACAAUACUUAAACUGAACGUCUAGAAACUAUUGGUAGAGAAUAAAUCAUUCCAUUUCAAUUUACUAGGGUAUUUCAAACAUAAACUUAUGUAUAAAUCACUUAGACUUCUGUUGAUGUAGGAUUUUUAUUUGAAUCCAUUAAUGAUUAUAUGUAUAUUAAUGAUUAUCGUGUUGUUAGUGCAACUUUGGAUUUAGAUUUUUAUAGUGGAUUGUUUGGAUAUAAUGUUUAUAUGGCAUUCUUAUAUAAGAUAGAUAAUAUUUAAAUUGAAGUUUCAGUUGUUUAUACUAAAAUUAGUGAAAUUCUUGCUGAAGCAGGAUCCAUUGCAUCCAGUCUUCUCUUAUUUUCUUAUUUAGUAAUCAUAUUGAAUAAAAGCUAAUUGGAAUUUGAAGCAAUUAAUAAUGUUAUCUAAAUGUAUUAUCCUGAAUUCAAAAAUAUUAAAAUUACUAAAAAUAUUUUUGGUGAUAUUAAAAAGGUUGAAUAAAAUGGAAAGUAAUUAGAUUUACAAGCCUUUAAAAAUCAAUAUUAAAAAUUAUCUCAUGUUAGUGAAAUGAAACUAACUAUUUCUAAUUAAAUUUAUGAAAUCUCAAGGUUAUAAUUUCUACUUUAAAAUCUUUUGCCUCCAAAAGUAAUUCAAUAAAUUCAUUCACAUGGAAUUCCAUUUUAAUUUUAAUAUGCUGAUUCUGCUAAGGAAGAAUAGUAAAAUAUCAAUAAAUUGGAUUAGAGUUUGAAUUAAGAAUAUCAAUAUAAAUUAAACACCAUUGUAUUUAUUAUAAAUUUUUAUUUAGAUUCCUAAUAAUCGGAGUCCCCCAACAAUUAAAACUAUUGAAGCUUAAACUGUUUCUUAAACUGAAUCUAAAUUAAUUCAAAAUUAAUAAAAAGUACAAGAAAAUAAUAAUUUCAUUUAAAUAUAGUAAUUUAAGGAUUCAGAUUUUGAUUUAUUGAUUUAUCCAGAGAAUGAACCUGAAAGUAGCAUAUUAUCUAAUUAGAAUGAUACUAAGAUCUAAGCUGAUUCAUGA